AUGGGUGAACACGUUGUAGGAAGCUGUGAAAACAUGGAUGUGCUGUUUUACGAGCAGAGCGCAUUACCAGUGAACAGUUUUUCGCGUUAUGACAAGAACGCGUUGCGGUUGAAUCUCGAAGGUCAUCAUCCGUCAGUCGUACAGGAAUACAGAGGGAACGGAAAGUUAGGAAUUUACGAGAAUUCGCCUGAAUUAUCUUUGUUCAAAAUGGUUUCUCCUGAGCUGGAAAAGUUUAUUGCAAGCAAUACGGGGCUAACACCUAAAGGAAACCCUGGAGGAAUUAAUUCACCAGAAUUUACUUUAUUUAAUCUGAUUUCACCAGAGUUUGAAAAAAUUCUCGCCAGUGUUCAGAAUCAGAAAUCGCCAACGCAUAUUAAAGGUGCGCGAGAAGGGAACCACAGCGUUAAGCAACAGCACGAAGCUUAUGUCCAAGGAUUUGCCGAGGCUCUACAACAAAUCCAUGAUCGACAGCAACAACCGGUCGAACAUCUCAACAAGCAAAAUACAAUACCCGUUAGUUCAGGUACCAAUAACACUUGGGCAGAACCUGAAAACACAGUUAACAACUUCCACACGCAAAUAGCCGUUAAUGAGACAUCGUAUGAUAUCAGAAAUCCCCCUUACGCCGGGGUGACAACUUAUGAACAUCAUGAACUAAACCCGACGGCUUUUACGGCCCCGGUUGUGGCAGAAACAGAAAAUUUUGAAUACGCUGAGGACUCUUUGAAACCGCAACCAGGGAAUGUACUUCCUCUACCGCCCAUAGAUUUAGAACUUCAAGAAAUUGUAAAACGCGAACGAAAGAAACAGAAAAAUAGAGUGGCAGCGUCAAAAUGUAGAAAAAAGAAACUUGAAAGGGAAGCACAGCUUGAAGUUAGAGUACAGCAAUUGAAAGAUAAAAAUAUUGAACUUAACGCCGUGGCGAACGCGUUACGCCAGCAAGUAAGUGAACUGAAGCAACGAGUUUUAGAACAUGUAGCGUUCGGAUGUCAGCUUCCUUCCAUAGCGUCAGCUUCUUUCUAG